GCAGAAUUGUGACAUUUAGAACCAGGAAGUGCACAUUUCAUCUUACAUGACAGCGACUGCUGCAUGGUCUUAAGACAUACUGGCAAUGACAGGGGGAGUGUUGCUGCGAGGUUUGCGGCACCUGCGUCCCCACCGUCAUGUCGCGACAGCCCCUCUCACUGGCGCGAGGAUUUAUCCGGUCCGUCUAGAACCCCCGGUGCCUGGUCAAUGUUCCCCGUGGACAACCUAUCCUCUUAGAACUCUACACCUGUGCCACAACUUCUGUGCGGGCCACAACAAGUGGUCUAAGGUGAAAAACAUUAAAGGGCCCAAAGAUGCAGCACGAAGUCGGAUGUUCAUGAAGUUUAACUUGAUGAUAAAGAUAGCUGUGAAGGAUGGCGGUACUAACCCGGACUUCAACGUAAAUCUGGCCCACAUUGUGGAACAGUGUCGGAGCAAAAACAUGCCCAAAGCGUCGAUAGAAGCGGCCAUCAAGGGAGCGGAGAAGGCCAAGACAGGGACUCAGAGCACGUAUGAGGCCAGGGGUCCUGGAGGCUGCCAGCUGCUCAUCCAGGUCCUCACAGACAACAGCACACGCAGCACCCAGGAGCUGAAACACGCUCUCAACAAGCACGGAGGGAUUCUGAGUGAUGGGGCUCGUCACAAUUUCGACAGGAAGGGCGUGGUGACGGCUGCGGGGGAGGGCGUGUCAUCGGACCGGGCUCUGGAGCUGGCCAUCGAGGCGGGGGCUGAAGACGUCCAGGAGACCGAGGACGAGGAGGAGAGACCUCUGCUACAGUUUGUGUGUGACGUGUCGGAGAUGAAGCAUGUCCGGGCCUCUCUGGAGGAGCUCGGAGUCUCCACCCAGUCGUCCGGAAUGGAGUUUGUGUCCCACACCCCUGCAGUUCUUCCCCCCGACCAGCUGAGGGCAGCAUCUGCUCUGCUGGAAGCCCUGCACGACCACCCCGACGUGGUCCGGGUCUGGCACAACAUCCAGGCCCAGAGCUGAACCCUCCUCUGGGGUGGACUCCCUCUGGGGUGGACUCCUCUGGGGUGGACUCCUCUGGAUCUCUCUGUGGAAAUGUACAUUUGUAAAGUCGGUAGAUAUUGAACAAUGAUCAGCAUUGGAUCUGCUUGUCAGAGGACUGCAGGAUGAGAAGUUCCUUUUAGGAGAUCUGGAUCAAUGUUGAGCAGUUUGUCACUCUUGUGGGAAAGAGGCAUUUUAUGAUCCCAAUGCUGUAAUAAAAUAUACAAAUUAUUA